AUGGAACCGGAAAGAGACGAAAGGUUCUGGCUUUACGAUGGCUCUAUAGUAGUUCAGGCUGAGAACACACUCUUCCGUGUUCAUCAAACUGUGCUUUCCAACAGCUCUGAAAUAUUUUCUACACUGUUUUCUUUACCUCAAUCUGAUAACGACACCCAAAAUUGUAUAGAAGGAUGCCCAGUUGUUCAACUACAAGACCUCGCUAAAGACAUAUCAGACCUUCUUAGUUCUCUUUAUCACCCAUCCCAUUUCGAUGAUUUCCCCUCUGAUUCCACACUUGAAGAUAUUCUCGAUUUCAUCUCCGGAGUCUUGCGUCUGAGCUCGAAAUAUAUGAUACAUUCUCUGCGCCGAAAGUGUAUCGCUGUCUUAACCCGGACUCUACCUGCUACGCUGGAGGACUACGAUUCCCGAACGUCUCGUGGUAAAUCGACCUCUAAACACCUCAAAAGCGACGUAGUCAUGCGAGCGAUCCGUUUAGCUCAGGAAACGAACGUUACAAUUGUCCUUCCUUUUGCAUAUUACUGCGUCGCUCGACUACCUUCUCGGCGUAUUCUCGAAGAUCAACCAGAUGAUAUGACAUGGCAACAAAAGACUGUCUGUCUUGUAGGCAGAGAAAGACUUCGUUAUGCUGAAAUGAGCCUUUCGCAUUCAUUUUUACUGGGUUUUCAACGGGCGCCGACAUGCACUAACGUGUUGUGUGCCAUGGCUCGAAGCCCUCAUACCGAGUGGCAUCUCAUGGAAGCGUCAAGGCAUCCACAUCCUCUACGUCCGUAUAAUAGAUGGAAUGCAUUGAAUGUGUGUAGCGAAUGUGUGGCAAAUGCCAAGAAGCAGCAUUCGAAAGGACGACAAGAGGUAUGGAAAUGCCUACCAGCCUUCUUCGAAAUGGGAACUUGGGAAGAAUUGCGCACAGUAUGUGAUUACUGA